CGAGUGUUAAUGCUCUGGUGGCCAGCCAAGUUACUGUCGCAUUGCUAGACAAUAGAGACCAUGGCCGACGUGACGAUCCGCAAGGGGCUGCGUAACCCGCUGGACGAGGCGCAGGUGCGUCGCGCUGUACUAGCGCUGCGGACAUUCGCGGCCAAGAAGAACGAGGAGCGGUCGAAGGCGCCGCUUGUGGAGGACGUCGACUACGUCUCAUGCAUCUUGACGCGCAAGCUGGUGCCGGCCAAGGCGUCUCUCAAGCCGAUCCCAAUUACGUUGCCGCACGCGCUGUACGAUGAGUCGGCCGAGAUCUGCCUGUUCGUCAAGGACGAGGACAAAAAGCGCAUUAAGGAGGCGUUGGCCAAGGACCCUGUGCAGGGAUUGACCAAGGUCCUGACAGUCAAGAAGCUGCGCAAGAACUUCUCGCGCUUCGAGGACAAGCGUGCGCUUGCGGCCGCCUACGAUAUGUUUCUGGCCGACGACCGUGUGCUGCCCUACCUUAAGGGCCCGCUCGGUAACAAAUUCUUCGUCAAGAAGAAACAACCCGUUUCUGUCCGCGUGUCUCGCAAGGACGUGGCCAACAGCGUCCGCCUCGCCGCGCGCCGCACAGCCUUCCACGUCAGUGCCGGCGUCUGCUGCAACGUAAAAGUGGCGCGUCUGGACAUGACGCCCGAGCAGAUCGUGGACAAUGUCAUGGUGGCCAUGAACAACUGCGCCAGCCUCGUGCCCAAGGGAUGGAACGGCGUGCAGUCGAUCAGUCUCAAACUCGCCGACUCCGUGGCCUUGCCCGUGUACAACGCCUUGGCCACGCUGGCCAAACUGCCGCCCGUGGGCAAGACCGCCAACCUGAAGAAACGGAAGCUCGAGGAGUUUAUUGCUGGGGCCGAAGAAGAGGAGGAGGCUGCCAAGACCACAAAACAGAGCAAGAAGACGGCGGUCAAGAAGCACAAGAAGCAGGAGACCCCUGUGGAGGAGACACCGAAGGCCAAGAAGACCAAGAAGGUGGCCAAGGUGGAAGAGACAGAGGAGACCCCGAAGAAGCAGACAAAGAAGGUAAAGAAGGACACAAAGCCCGCAGAAACGACCGCUUCUCCGGCCAAGAAGAAGGCCCGGGGUAAGAAGAAAGUGGCCAAGAAGUAA